UGAAGACGAGAGGGAAGCGACGCCGUUCACUCCUCACCGAGCGGCGGAAGAGAUAAAAGGAAGGAUCCGGGAAGGGCGCCAUGGCUGAGAGGUUUGAGAAGAAUUUCUCUCUAUAUAAUCAAGAUGUGUCUUCAGUAAUCGCCAGCACAUUGCUAAGUUCAGAAGAUGCCAAAGAACAACUAUUAGAAGAGUGUGAAGAAUUAUGGAAACAAAUGGAAGAGUGUCAGAAUAAAUUAAUAUUUCAAGAAACAGAAACUCUUCCAGGCGCAGAUCCCAAGUUUUCCCUGUUAAUGAAACGACUAAAGUCUCUAACAGCGGAGUUUAAUCAAUGGCAGAAGAGACAACCAGAAAUAAUUACUACAAAUCCAGAUGUGCUGGUAGCACUAGGAAUAGACCAGUUGCAGAAAUUAGACCAUGAACUUGAAAUGGUGCUUUCGACACUUCAUGCCAAGAAUAAAAAACUGAAGCAAGACUUAGCAAGGGAACAGAAGUGGUUGGAGGAACAGCAGCAGUUAAUAGACUGUCUCAACCAAACCGAAGAAGAAAUAAACAAUCAAGUUGGACACUUUUCACAGAAGAGAGCCUUUAAGGAAUUGAAAAAUAAGAUGCUGAAAAUAAAAGCCUAUAAAGACGAGACCCUGAAUGCCCUGGGCGAAUUCCUUGAAGAACAUUUUCCUCUCCCUGAGAAUGGUGGAACAGCGAAAAAGAAGAGACGUUCAUCAGAAGAGCUGGAUGUACAGCUAAUAACACUACAUGAAAUUUUAGAGAGCCUUAUACACAAACUUGUGAAAACACCACAUGAUCCAUAUAUAGCAACCACUGCUGCAUUUUGGCCUCCUUAUGUUGAACUUCUGCUGCGUUAUGGGAUAGCAUUAAGACAUCCAGAAGAGCCAAACCAAAUACGUCUAGAAAACUUUCACCAAUAGCAAGAUGUAUUGAGACUAAAUCCCCAUCUGAUUAGUAAAAUAAAUGUUAACAAGGAAACAUAUAAAUGUUCUCAGCUGCCUGAGGUGAUCAUAUUAAUUACUGAUGUUCCAAAGUUUUCAUACAGGUUUUAUAACUUUUCUGUAAAUUAGGUGAUAGAACACUGGCUUUUAGUUUGAAAUUGUGAUAGUUUCUUCUAAUGUUAUUUUUACUACAAUUGUAAAUAAUGUUUGUAUUCUGAAAACUACUCAGACUGUUAAAAUAGCAAAUCAGUUUAGAUUAAAGGACUCUUUUAGGCCAAUGAUUUGUUUGGCUGUAACUUUCCAAUCAGGUGUGUGAGUAUGGCAUCAGUUUAAAAAGAAACAUUUUUAGCUUCCUGGGACUAUCUGGUGAGAAAGGAAGCACAGAAUGUUGUCUUUAAAGUCAGGGGGAACAUGUGUAAUCAGUGAGGGACAAUAAGAGAAAUCUCAUCAGAGACCUACCCUUAGAAUAUUUUAAGUGUAUACAUUACAUGCCUCCCUUGUUGUUUCCUGACUCCCCAGUUCCAAAACCAUCCAGUGGUAACCAUUAUGAAAAUAUCAUUGGAAGCAGAUCACAUUCAGUGCCAUGUCACUGACAGAAUUGUGGCAGAUACUUCUAAACUAAUUAUGUAGAAACAAGGAAGUAUAAAAAGAUAACAGAAUUGUAGAUCUUUCCCCAGCUUCAGCCACUUCCAGAUUCUCCAGUAAAUAACAUCUCACAUUUGCAGAUGAACAUUUGCUUAUUAUUACUUAAAAUAAUUUCUCAAACUAAUUGAACAGAAAUAAUCAAUGGAGAAGUCCAGAUGGAGUCAAGCCCCUUGCUUGACCAUCAAGCCUCAGAGCACACGAAGGCAAACCAUUCUCUCCUUUCACUGCUGUCCCCAGGCGAUCUCUAUAUCACCAUUACUUCAGAAAGAUUCAGGUCCACGC